AUGCUGGAGACGCUGGGGAGGGUGGAGCGCGAACGCGCGGCGGCGGCGGCGGACGCGGACGCGGCGGCGGACGCGGACGCGACGACGAGGAAAGAGGCGAAGGCGAAGGCGAAGGAAGGAUUUUUACCCGCGCUCGCGUCGCCGCUGUGGCGCACGUUCGGGGGAGUGAUUUUGCAGGGGACGUUUUUUAAGCUGUGCAACGACGUCGUGCAGUUUUUGCCACCCGUGGUUUUGAGCGGCUUUUUGCGAUACGUCGGGAAUAAACCGAAUUUCAUGUCCGACGCGUUCGGGGCGUCGGUGACGGGGAACGGGAUCGGUUGGUUGUACUGCGCGCUGAUGUUUUCAUUGGCGGUGUUGCGCACGCUGUGCGAACAGACGUAUUUUUACUACGCUCAGGCGAGCGGCAUUUGCAUCAAGGGCGCGCUCUCGACGGCGGUGUAUCGGAAGACGAUGCGCUUGUCUAGCGCGGGGAGAAGUGGGAGCACGACGGGCGAGGUGUUGAAUUACAUGCAACUCGACGCGCAGCGCGUGGGCGAUCUCAUGCUGUUCCUAAACGUGCUGUGGAGCGGAUUGUUACAAACGAUGGGGUACAUGGCGCUCUUGUAUUCGUACAUCGGAUGGAGCGUGUUCGGGGGAUUGUUCAUCAUGCUCGGUUUGAUUCCCGCGCAAAAAUUCUUUUACGGGAUGAUGUACCGCUACCGCAAAAAACAAAACGUGGAGACUGAUCGGCGAGUGAAGCUUGAAAAUGAGGGUUUGAGUGGGAUAAAGAUUUUAAAGCUCAACGCGUGGGAGGAAUCGUUGCGAGAAGAGGUCGCCGAAGUGCGCAAGCGCGAGAUGAUUCAAGCGACGAAAGUCGCCAACGUUGCCGCGAUAAACACAUCAAUCAUGUCGGCCGGCCCAGUGAUUGUGUCGGUUGUCGUUUUCUCGCUAUACGCGGGAGUCAUGGAACGACCGAUGGACGCCGACAUCGUCUUUCCGGCGUUGACGCUGUUCAAUCUGCUUCGAUUUCCGAUUUUGUUCUAUCCUCGAUGCUUGGCGCAGUGCGCAGACGCCGUGUCCUCGCUGCAGCGUCUACAGAAGUAUUUCAUGCUCCCCGAAGCGUCGGCGACGACGAAGACUGUGGAUGAUGCGAAAAAAGACGAGAUUGUCGACAAAGUCAACCCGACAGUUCCUUUUUUGCGCGACAUCAACUUCGAGCUCAAAAGAGGUGAAUUGACCAUCGUCGUCGGCGCCGUCGGCGCGGGGAAGACGGCGCUUAUAUCCGCGCUUCUCGGCGAAAUGAGCGCCAGAGACGGAGCCAGUGUCACAAUCGAUGCAACGGUGUCUUAUGUCGCACAAACUGCGUGGGUACAAUCAAUGUCUCUCCGUGACAACGUGCUCUUCGGCAAGCGAUACGAUGAAGAGAAAUAUCAUCAGGCGCUCGAAGCGGCGUGCAUGGAGGCAGACAUUAACCUUUUACCGAACGGUGAUGACACUGAAAUCGGCGAAAAGGGCAUCACCCUUAGUGGCGGUCAGAAGCAACGCACGGCGAUCGCGCGCGCGGUCUAUGCUGACGCAGAGAUCGCUAUUUUAGACGAUCCUUUGUCGGCUUUGGACGCGCACGUGGCUAAGGAUGUGUUCAAGCGCUGCAUCCGUGGCGUCUUGCGAUCCAGCGCUGUCUUGCUCGUCACGCACCAGCUGCAGUUCACCGAGUUUGCCGACAAUAUUCUCGUCAUGAAAGACGGUGAGGUAGUUGAAUCGGGCAAGUACUCUGAACUGAUGGACAAGGGGCCGGUAUUCCAACAAAUGAUGCGAUCGUACCGCGGCACACAAAAAGCUGAGACCACGAAAGAAGAAGUAGUCGAUACCUCCGUAUCAAAAGACAUGAAACAAACGAUGUCGUUGCAGAAAGACAAGGCAAAACAGAAUAUCGAGAAGCGCGAAGAAGGGUCCGUGAAGAUGAACGUGUACAAGGCGUACAUCAAUGCGAUGGGCGGGAGGUUUUGGACGUUUUCAUUCUUGAUGUUCAUCACCAUCGCUGAACGCGCUUUGAGCGUCUUCACCAACGUCUGGCUCGCGUACUGGUCGCAACAAAAGUGGAAUCUCGGUCAAACGGUCUAUCUUGGUGGAUAUAGCGCGAUCGGAAUUGUCUCAGCGUUCAUCGCUUGGAUUCGAACGUUUGCCUGGGUCGUGGCUGCGCUCACCGCCGCGACGGGAUUACACUUGAAACUCUUGCAGUCGGUGAUGGACACGCGAAUGAGUUUCUUUGACACCACACCGCUGGGCCGCGUAAUUCAAAGAUUCAGCAAAGAUACCAACGCUCUCGAUAAUAUCAUCGGACAGUCGGUAUCUUCCGUGAUGUCGUUUGGGCUUUUACUCUUCGGCACCAUCGUCGUCAUGGGAUGGAUCAUGCCGAUACUGCUUCCUUUCAUGGUGCCGAUCUUUGCCGUUUACUUUUACAUUCAAAUGUACUACCGACCUGGUUAUCGCGAGGCCAAGCGUUUGGACGCCAUCAGUGGCUCGCCAGUGUUUGCCCACUUCGGAGAGACGCUAGGCGGUUUGAGUACAAUUCGUGCCUUUGGCCAUCAACGUCGUUUCAUCACGGAAAACGAGCAGCGAAUUGGCGCUAAUCAAAUCGCUGAUUACACUCAAAAGUGUUGCUGCGAGCGCUGGCUCCCAGUGCGUCUCGAAACGAUUGGCAACUCGCUCACUCUUGUCGUCGCGUGCGUUGCGGUGUAUUCACGAGAUUCGCUCGACGCUGCGCUCAUCGGUUUGGCGGUUACUUACGCCAUCGACAUCACCGGUGUUUUAUCCUGGGUGAUUCGCAUCGUGUCCGAGCUCGAAUCGCAAAUGGUGAGCGUCGAGCGCAUCGACGAGUACACGAGGCUGCCGUCAGAGGAGGAAACAGGUGCGAUGGCGGCGCACGGCGUCGUGGAAGAGCCGCCGCCGGAGUGGCCUUCGCAAGGGGGCUUGAGAUUUGAAAAGUUACAGAUGCGAUACCGAUCCGAGCUCCCUCUUGUGCUCAAUGGUAUUUCGUUCGAAGUCCAACCGGGGCACAAGGUGGGAAUCUGCGGUAGAACCGGCAGUGGGAAGAGUUCUCUGCUCGUCGCGUUAUGGCGCCUGUGCGAGCCCACGGCCGGUUCCAUCUGGCUAGACGGUAUCGAUAUCUCUACGAUUUCGCUCAAGCGUUUGCGGUCGUCCAUCACUUGCAUUCCCCAAGAUCCCGUUCUGUUCAGCGGCACAAUUCGUUACAACCUCGACCCGUUCAACGAGUACACGGAUGAAAAGCUGUGGUACGUUUUGGAGCACGUCAAGUGCAAGGACUUCAUCGGCAAACAAGGCCUCGGUCUCGACGCCCCAGUGGAAGAAUUUGGAGGCAACUAUUCCGCCGGUCAACGACAAAUGCUGUGUCUCGCGCGAGCGAUGCUGCGAGAUACCAAGGUGGUAUGCCUCGACGAAGCCACAGCGAGCGUUGACACCGAGACGGACGAUAACAUGCAAAAAGUCAUCGCGACGGAAUUCGUCAAUUGCACCAUCUUGACCAUCGCCCACCGCAUCAACACCAUCAUCGAAAACCAUCAAGUUGUCUGUCUCCAGGCUGGUAACCUAGUCGCCAUGGACUCACCGUCCGCGAUGCUCGCCGAUCCGAACUCCAUCUUUUCCCAGCUCGUCGCCGAAACCGGCGAGGCGUCGGCGAAAAAUUUGAAGCAACGCGCCGACGCCGCCGAGGCGGCGAGAGCGCGGAACACACGAGAUAUCGAGCGCACACAUUUGGAUAGUCACAUCUGCUAG